GCGCUAGCAAUGGCCCGUGUGUAUGCUCGCUCGGCGAAUGUUUCUUUCUCACGCACACUCUUCGAGUAGUGGUGAGGCGGAGACUCACCUGUUGAAAAAGCAGAGCUCCAGUCUGCCACUGCUUUACGCUUCUAUCACUUUGAUUGACUUUUUCUCCCCUCGACAUGACGGACGCGCUUUUGCCAAACGGCCUCAAGGAAGGUCGAGAAGACGGCAAGUACUUCAGAAAGGGUUGUAACCCAUUUGCCCAGACAGGACGAAGCAAGCUGCAGAACAAGCGAGCCAGUCUGAAUCAGCAGAUCAUCAAGCAAAUGAGAAUGCGAGCGGGAGCAGAGAACCUUCUUAAGGCUACCUCCAACAACAAGGUGAAGGAGAUGGUCUUACUGGAGCUGAGCUAUGUCAACUCGAAUCUGCAGCUUCUCAUGGGCCAGCUGGAAGGACUCAACAGUUCUGUGGAGGUCUACCAGAGCAGCCAGGAAACUGCCAACAUCCCGCUUAUCGCACUGGGUCUCAAAGAAACAAAAGAAGUUGACUUUUCCACACCUUUUAAGGAUUACAUCAUUUCGCAUUACAACGAAGACGGAGCCAGCUACGAAGAGGAACUUGCGGACCUGAUGGACCUUCGACAGUCGUGCAGGACACCAAGUCGUAGCGAGGCUGGAGUGGAGUUGCUGGCAAAGUAUUUCAACCACCUUCCGCUGGUUGAGAGUCGAUUCUUCUCACCUACUCAUCACAGUGGCAUCUUUUUUACAUGGUACGACUCAUUCACGGGUGUACCGGUGUGCCAGCAGAACUUGUCGCUGGAGAAGGCCAGCAUACUCUUCAACAUGGCCGCCCUCUACUCACAGAUUGGCACCCGCAGCGACCGGCAAACGACGGCCGGCCUGAGGGAGGCGAUUUCAGCUUUCCAGAAGGCAGCUGGCAUCCUGAACCACUUGAAGGAGACAUUUACGCACACACCCAGCUACGACAUGAGUCCCGCCAUGCUGGCCAUGCUCAUCCGCAUGAUGCUGGCACAGGCGCAGGAAUGUCUUUUUGAGCAGCUCGCCCUGCCCGGCCUCCGCAAUGAGGUUCUGACAUUGCUCAAGAUGGCACAAGAGGCGGCCAAGGUGUCGGAUACAUAUGACCACGUCCACCAGUCCAUGAUCCAGACGCCGGUGAAAGAUAAUGUGCCCUUUUUCUGGUCUACUAUGUCUCAAGUGAAGACCAACCACUACCGCUCCAUGGCGCACUUCUUUGUGGCCUCAGCGUUGCUGGACCACCAUGUGGGUCCGAGCGAGGACGAGGACCAGCAGGAAAAGACCUUGUCCCAAGUAUACGAUCACUUCCCUGACGGUUACUCUCCUCUGGAAAUUCUAAAGAAGAAAUCUGAGCGAGAGCGAAUUGGUCGAGCUCACAUUCGUCGUGCCAUCACGGGCCAUGAGGAGGCACUGAGGAUCUAUAGCUUGUGCCAUCACCUCAAUAAGCUGGAGGUGCUGCAGGACAUUCUGAAGGCCAGCCACCAGCGCUCUCUGCACAAGGCCAGUGACAACCAGAUUGAGGAGGAAUUCGCAGACUACUUGGAUGUGCCUGACAUUAUCUCAAAAACUGAACAACAAGCAGAGGUGGAGGUUCCCGCUGCCUUGAAGGUGAAAGUCAGCGACUUUUUCCAGAGGCUGGGUCCUUUGUCAGUGUUCUCCGCCAAGCAGCGUUGGACACCACCCCGGAAGGUGCAUCUGCGCACGGAGGACAGAGACCUCGGUUUCACUCUUAAGGGGGAUGCACCAGUCCAGGUUGUCUCUCUGGAUCCCCUCUGCCCCGCUGCUGCCGACGGGCUGAAUGAGGGCGACUACAUUGUUGCCGUGGGUGAGGUGGAAUGCAAGUGGAUGGGUGUAGGUGAGGUGAUGAGGCUGCUAAAGGACGUGGACGAGCAGGGCGUGGACAUCACGGUGGUGAGCGUGCUGGAUGGCAACCCCACCAUGCCAGCCAAGAGCGCCACUUUUUGCGGCAACUUGCCCAAGACGUACUCCAUGAUUUGUCUGGCCUACGAUGGUGACGACAAGAGUGGCAAAUCGCGCAAGAUCAGCAAAAAGUCCUCCUUCCUCAGCUGGGGCCUGAAGAACAAACUGAAGAGUGCCAGUACCGUCAGCCUGCCGACUGCGCAGCAGUCGUGGAACAAACCUUGCCCGGCCUUCCCCAGCUCGUAUAAGGAUGCCGCCCUCUACUGAAUACACAGGUGCCCUCUUCAGUCCCCUCUUCAACACUGGGAGGAUGCAAAUAAUUAUGAUGAAUAUAUAUAUAUAGCCACACCUAUUACCCCCCCACCUCAGAGAUAAAACCGGCGAUUGAAGAAACUGCCUUUUAAAGUGAAAUGUUAUAAGCUGCUAACCAGUCAUUUUUGUGAUACAGCCUCUAAAGGGAUCUUGAAUAAAGUGCCUGGACCAGCCAGCCAGUUGGUCACAUUAAUAAGCAAGAAUUAUAAAGGAGGGUAAACAAGUUGUCUUCCUGUCUUUGCGAAAUACCCAGGAAGUCAGAAAUUUUGCUUUUAAAAGUAAAGAAAAAAUCAUGGCAGGGGAACAUUGACAAAAAAUACCUUUUUUUUUUUUCCAUUAUUUCCUCAGUCAAUUAUUUCAAUGACAAACCACCAGAACCGACUUUAAAAAAAUGUUGUAUUCCCCCAAAUGCCCCCACAAAAAAAGUAAAAAAAGUACAAUUUUGGUAACAUUAAAUAACGUAUUUAUUAGAGGAGCAAAAGCAUAAUCUCACCAGAACAAGGUUGUAUUUAUGUCCCCAAAAUGUGCUAUCUUAUAAGAAUAAAAUCAUAUCAAGUGGUGGAAAAGGGUAUUCUGAAGUUUUAUUAUAAUUUUUUUUUGUUGUUGGAAUAUGAAAAAAAUGCAAUUUUAUCAUAAUAAAGUAAUUUAUUUGAGUCAAAAAGAUAUAAUGUUACAAGAAUAUUUUUCGUCGUACUUUUUGCAAAAAAAAUUCAAUUUUCUUUGAGGGGGGAAAAGGGCAUAAUGUGAGGAGAAUAAAGUUGCAUUGGUGGAUGUAAAAUAUACUUUUACAAAGAUAAUUAUUUAAAAACUUAUUUCACAAGCAUGAAUGUCAAUGUGUACUGUUUUGAUAGUAAAGUAAAAUUAAUUUACAAAUAAACGGUAAUUGCGUGACAAUGAAAUUGCAUUGUACCAUGGAGAGUUGGGAGGAAAAAACAGGCAUGCGAAUAAUAUUAUCUGCCCCCAAAAAUGUGGUCUUAGCAGAAUGGAGUCACAUAAGCUCACCAAAAAGGGACAGUUGAGAAUAAACCUGCAUUAAUUUAAGUAAAUGAGAUUAAAAUCACAUUGUUCGAAAGAAACAAGAUUUUUUUUGUUGUUUUUGUUGUUGUUGAGGUCUUAAGUAGAAUAGUUGAAAUGAUUUUUUUUUUUAAAUUGUAAUCUCCAGAGAGAUAAGGUUCGCCCCAAAUUGCAGUAGUCAUUCAUCAAGAAUAAAAGUUAUACUGUAACCUUAUAAAAAAUAGUAACUGCUUCAAAUCAUAAUAAGUGUCAUCCUAUGAGAAUAAUGUUGUAUUUUCAAAUAAAUUGCAAUCUUAGAAUAGGGAUUGAGUUACAUUAACUAGUGGAAGGGUAAAUUUAGGGAAAUAGUUGCAUUCAUUAAAAUAAAAAAAUAGACAUCACAAGAAUGAAGUUGAACUAGUGAAGGUUCACCGUAUCUUCUUUUUUUCUUGUUUUGCACCAACCCAGCUCAGUUUUUGAAACUUGCAAUGCUUCUUUUUAAUUAAGAUUGAAAGUGUGCGCUGAUUGCAGAGCUUGUGCUAACAAACCUGCUGGCGAGCCAACCUACAAAGGAGUCAAAUGAACACAUUCAUUCAAUUUGCUCAAAUAUUCACAUCAAAAUAUAUAUAUAUUUUUUUGCUUUGUUUUGUUUUUAAUUGAAUGCUUGGGACACAAUCAAAAUACACAUUUAACAUUUGCCUUGUGUAACAAACUUAAUUUGCCUUCAUGUUAUGGAAGUACAGUGCAUCUUUGCCAUCUGAGUUUAAAUUUGAAUUCAUGUGACUUUUUUUUUACAUUGAAAUCAAAUUUUUUAUUUUAAAAAAACACAGCAGUAGUAGCUUUUAAUAUUAAAAUAAAUUUUUGAUACCAAAAAAAAUGUGAUGUCUCAAUAUACUAAUUUGAUUGCUGAGAAACAAUUCUAUAUAAAAUUCUCCAUAGGAAAAAAAGAGUCAAUACAAAUUUGCAUGGCACAAAAAAUACCAUUAUGGAAGUGUAUCAGUGCCUUCUGAGUUUGAGUUAGCACCCAAACGAAUACAUUUGAUAGCAGUCAAUGUUAAAAUAAAUUAUCAGUAAAAUAAAUAAAUAAUGGGAAUAAAUACAGUGAAGAAAAUGGAUAUUUGAACACCCUCCUAUAUUGCAAGUUCUCCCACUUAGAAAUCAUGGAGUUUGAAAUUUUCAUCCUAGGUGCAUGUCCACUGUGAGAGAGAUAAUCUACAAAGAAAAAUUCAGAAAUCACAAUGUAUGAUUUUUUUUUUUUUUUAACGAUUUGUGUGAUACAGCUGCAAAUAAAUAUUUGAACACCCAUCUAUCAGCUAGAAUUCUGACCCUCAAAGGCCUCUUAGUCCGCCUUUAAAAGUCCACCUCCACUCCAUAUAUUAUCCUGAAUCAGAUACACCUGUGUGAGGUCGUUAGCUACAUAAAGACACCUGUCCACCCCAUACAAUCAGUAAGACUCAAUUUUGUAACAUGGCCAAGACCAAAGAGCUGUCUAAAGACACCAGAGGAAAAAAAAUGUACAACUCCACAUGGAUGGAAAGGGCUACGGAGAAAUUGCCAAACAGUUUGGUGAAAAAAGGUCCACUGUUGGACCAAUCAUUAGAAAAUGGAAGAAGCUAAACAUGACGGUCAAUCUCAAUUGGAGUGGAGCCCCAUGCAAGAUAUCACCUCGCGGAGUCUCACUGAUCCUUAGAAAGGUGAGGAAUCAGCCCAGGACUACACGAAAGGACUUGGUCAAUGACCUGAAAAGAGCUGGGACCACCGUUUCCAAGGUGAUUGUUGGUAAUACACUAGUACGUCAUGGUUUGAAAUCAUGCAUGGCACGCAAGGUUCCCCUGCUUUUUAAUCCAGCACAUGUCAAGGCCCGUCUUAAGUUUGCCAAUGACCAUUUGGAUGAUACAGAGGAGUCAUGGGAGAUGGUUUUGUGGUCAGAUGAAACCAAAAUGGAACUUUUUGGUCAUAAUUCCACUAACCGUGUUUGGAGGAAGACAAAUGAUGAGUUCCAUCCCAAGAACACCAUCCCUAUUGUGAAGCAUGGGGGUGGUAGCAUCAUAAUUUGGGGGUGUUUUUUUUCUGCACUGUAUUAAGGAGAGGAUGACCGCGGCCAUGUAUUAUGAGAUUUUGGGGAACAACCUCUUUCCCUCAGAGCAAUGAAAAUGGGUCGUGGCUGGGUCUUUCAACAUGACAAUGACCCGCAGCCACACACAGCUAGGAAAACCAAAGACUGGCUCCGUAAAAAGCAUGUCAGGGUUCUGGCGUGGCCUAGCCAGUCUCCAGACCUAAACACGAGAAAAUCUUUGGAGGGAGCUGAAACUCCGUGUUUCUCAGCGACACCCCAGAAACCUGUCAGGGCUAAAGAAGAUCUUUGAGGAGGAGUGGGCAAAAAUCCCUCCUGCAGUGUGUGCAAAUCUGGUGAACAACUACAGGAAACGUUUGACCUCUGUAAUUGCAAACAAAGGCUACUGUACAAAAUAUUAACAUUCGUUUUCUCAGGUGUUCAAAUACUUAUUUGCAGCUGUAUCACACAAACAAAUCAUUAAAAAAAAAUCUUACAUUGUGAUUUCAGGAUUUUUCUUUUUCGAUUAUCUCUCUCACAAUGGACAUGGACCUACGAUGAAGAUUUUAGACCCCUUCAUAAUUUCUAAGCGGGAGAACUUGCAGUAUAGCAAGGUGUUCAAAUACUUAUUUUCUUUAUUGUCAAUAUUAAAUACUGUAAAUAAAAAAUCUAUUGCCUCUGACUUGUUUUUGAAUGUUGAAUGUGCCCUAUUUUCACUAUUUACACCUCCAUAGAGUGACUGUCUGACAUGGAUUUAGUAUAAAAGCAUCAAUUUCAUUAAUAAAAAAUUGUAUGACGAAACCUUGGUCACACAAGUGCCCACAAAAGCCCCUUCUGAAGGCUACUUCUGUUUGACACAGUUUCGGGUCUGCUUUGACCAUAUUAGACUAAGACCGCCACAUUUCCUCUGAUUGGGUGUCUCCUUGUGGAAGACCCGCUUGUGAGGUCACACAUGUUAAGUUGACAGUGCAGAGGAACAUGAAGAUCUUCGCUGUUGAUGUAGAUAAGCUCGAGAAAUUCAACCGAUCUGAUUGGAAUGCGUGGACGAUUUUAAUUCACAUUUCACAAGAUUACUGAGGCAUCAUACAGACAAAUAGAUUACGUUCCAAAUACUGGAAUAAAUUGAUUUGGUAAAAAAUGACAACUUUCAAAUAAAUUUAGUUAAAAAAAUGUUUUAAAUUCCAACUCAAGUGGCACAGAAAUACUUCCAAAGCAUGUCAAUAAUAAUACAGCCUCUUGUAAUGUGAAUUUAGGAGCAGGCUGGCUGUCAUCUUUCAACAUUCCAUGGAAAGACUGCAGCCAUUUUUGCUGACACCUUUACAGUGUUGGACUGAUAUCUUUUGUCUACAAAGUAGAUUCUAAUAUGUUUGAUAAUCAAAUUUAUUAUUUGUCAUAUAAAAAAAAUCUUGUAUGUUAUGUUACUGUAUGGUUGUGUGUAGUUUUGAAAGGAAAAUAUUUGUGCAUGUUAGAUUUUCUCAAAGGAAUGUAAUCUCUUUUUGUGUCAGCUGGCACAUUCUCAUAAGAAAACACUCUGACGUGUUCUACUUAGCGCUACAUAUUGUAAAACCUUUCAUGUUUACUCAUUGUAUUUUGUUGCCCUGGCUCCUGAAGUACAGUAUAUGCAUAUACAUGUGUACAUCCAUGUCAUAUAUUUUCAAAAAAAAAAAAAAAAAGAUUGUGAUGCUAAAUCAGUUUAAUUCGAGGGCUGUUGUCAUAUUAUUACUUUGUACUGUGGUGCAAAUGCUUCUAUGGAAAUUCUUUGUCUUGUUUUGAAUCCAAUCUUAAUAAAACAAUGGGG